AUGCCGCACGCUAUUGAACAAAGUUCGACGUCGACUUUUGCUCAAGAACAUUUUUUGGGCAACCAACAACUGAACAGCGCUCUCUCAGACUCGAGGAACUUUCAGCUGGAUCCCUCAAUCCAUCCAUCAGAUAUCGUUUUUUUUUGUCCCCCAGAGGAGCAAUACUAUAAUUCGUAUGAUCAAAGUUUCUCUGAAGGAAUCAAAACCUCAUCAUCUUGUGAUUUACGCAAAGAAGAAUUAUUCUUCCAAAAUUGUCAUUGUUGCGGAUUGGUGUUUGAUGAUUUCAACUCUUUGAUCGAUCAUAAACAAGUAGUGCACAGCGAAUACCUUGAAGAGACGGGAGUAAAUCUCGAGAAUACUUACGGAUUAAUUGCUGAAGAAGGAUGGAAUUCCGCAGCUUCCGUUAGCUCAGCUGGAUCAAUUCCGAAUUCAGCACCACAUAGUCCCCAAGAAGAUCGUUUACAAGAUCCCGCGCAUCAAUUGAAUUAUGUCGAGCGGCAAUCUAUAACGGAUAGGAUCCCUGAAACUUCAAUUUCAGUAAAUUUACAGGAUAUCCGAGUUUUUGGACAGCUGAAUAAUCGAUCUCACAAUAAUAAUAAAGAAGAGUCUGAACUACAGGAACCACAGCGCCCAUCACCAAUGUCGUCGUCUUCUACUACUUCUGUAAAUUCUACACAAUCAGGAGUAACGCCAACAAUUUUGAAUAAUAGUAAUUACGCGUCCGAUUCAUCAACAUUAGUGUUCUCUGAUGAUCGAGAUUUGACCCAUAUGAAUAUUCAACAAUCUCCUCAAAUCGCGUCACCUCUGCAAACGAUGCCAUCAAUACAUAGUGCUACUGGAAGAGCUGAAAGUGCAAUGAAUCAAGUUGCAAUGGUACUCAAUCGAGGAUUAUUAAAUCAAGGACAGACCCGCAGAUCAGCCACCGCCUCCUCCUCAAUAUACAAUUCGAUCUUAGAACAACCAUACUAUGUGUUUCCCACAGAUCCCAACCAAUACAGCCAGUUUACCAAUUUCCAUGCUGCUGCUACACGACCAAAACGCGCGUCUUCAUUUUCGUGUACGCCAACAGCAACUAUACUUGAUAAUUCUGAAUAUAUCAAUAACAAUAAUAAUAGUGGCAAUUAUGGUAGCUCAGGCGUGAUGAUGUCAACUGGUAAUCGGGGAUCUGCACAAAAGCCACGACGAAAUAACUCGGUGGCAAACACAAAUACUAACAAUGGUGCUAUUGGCAGCCACAAUAAAAGUCAUUCAUUACAGCAACGUCAUAAUCAACUUGGUGGUGCGCGUCUUACCUCUUCAGCGCCUGCAACGCCAACAGCCAAUUUUGGUAGUUUGUGGCCUCAAUCUUCGUCUAUUGGCGAAAGGGAAAAUUUAGCGGCUGCAUCUUCAUCAAAUUUCAAUAUCGGUGGUCAAUCUUCAAUAAUAUCUGGUCAAGUUCCAGGGGAACAACGUCGGCUGUCAGCCCCAUCUCUAUCAACGCCAUUAAAUAAUGAAUUGUCGUUGUCCAUGGAUGCUGCUGCUACAUCAUUAGUGAAUGAUAAUCCCGCCUCUUCAGGUGUAUAUGGUUAUUCUGCUGUCUCGUUGUCAUCAAUUUAUCCUAUCGACCAGCAACGAGGAAUGAAAAGGAAUCGAGAAGAUGGCUCUGAAAUGGAGAUUAAUCAAAAAAGAAUGAACACCGAAAUUACUUUCUGGGAUGUCAAUGAUAAUCUCGGUACUAAUACGUCAAUGAUGUCGCCACAAAAGUCGUCUAAAAAAAGGCCUGCUGUCACUGCCGAGUCAGCGAGACGAAAAGUUUCAAAGUCUCUCGGUGGACCAAUCGCAGUUGCCGCAGCUAACGUUCCAGUCGUGAUUGACGACGCCAUCUCCAUCUCUGCCAAUCUUACAAAUGCUAUUCCUGCUGCACAACCACUACCACCACCACAAAUAGAAGCUGAUAAACCAUACAGAUGCUGUGUCGAAGGAUGUCCAAAGACGUACAAAAAUGCAAAUGGGCUCAAAUAUCACCGAACUCAUGGGCAUAACACAGAACAAUCCGGAAAUGGUGACAAAUCUGCGGAGAAGCCCUACAAGUGUCCACACGGGGGUUGCUCCAAGUCGUACAAAAAUCUUAAUGGUUUGAAAUACCACUUGGAACAUUCGCACAACGGUGUGACCGCUUCUCUCUCCCUAGGAGGAGGUUCUUCAUCCGGGAUAACUGGGGUUUAA